AUGUACUUUCACAAGCUGCUCCCCCUGGCAGCGGCCCUGGGCGGCUCUGCUUUCGCCCAGAGCCAGGCGGGCGUCGACGCCCUCGAUCGCCCCGGCAAUGAUCUCUACGAAAAGGACCUUUCCAACUGCACUGGAUACAAGGUGACCAAGCACCGGAAGACCGACUAUGGCUUCUAUGCGGACUUGUCGCUUGCAGGGCCAGCUUGCAAUAUUUACGGCAUUGAUCUUCCCGACCUGAAGUUAGAAGUCGAGUAUCAGACCGACGAGCGACUGCACGUUAAAAUCUUGGACACCAAUAACACCGUCUACCAGGUUCCGGACAGUGUAUUCCCGCGCCCUGGCUUUGGACAGUCGUGCUCUCGCGGAGACUCGAAACUCCAGUUCGACUUCAAUGCUGACCCCUUCUCGUUUACUGUUUCGCGCUCUGAUACCGGCGAAGUGCUCUUUGAUACCACUGGUAACAAGCUGGUUUUUGAGAGCCAAUAUGUCUACUUGAAGACGCAUCUUCCGCAGAACCCACAUCUUUACGGUCUAGGCGAGCACAGCGAUCCUUUCAUGCUGAACACAACUAACUACACCCGGACGAUCUACACCCGCGAUGCGUACGGGACGCCGCAGGGAGAGAACCUGUAUGGCGCUCACCCGAUCUAUUUCGACCAUCGCGAGAAUGGUACGCACGGAGUGUUCCUGCUCAACUCGAACGGUAUGGAUAUUUUCAUCGACAACCAGGACGGACAGUUCCUUGAGUAUAACAUCAUCGGCGGUGUUCUCGACUUCUACUUUAUCGCCGGACCCUCGCCGCGCGACGUGGCCAAGCAGUACGCUGAAAUCACUCAGACCCCGCUGAUGGUUCCGUACUGGGGACUCGGCUUCCACCAGUGCAAGUACGGUUACCAGGACGUCUACGAGGUCGCCGCAAUCACGGCCAACUUCUCCGUCCAUGACAUUCCACUGGAAACUAUCUGGACCGAUAUCGAUUACAUGGACCGUCGUCGUAUCUUCACCCUUGACCCCGAACGAUUCCCUCCCAAUCUGGUUAAGGAUCUCGUGGACACUCUGCACGCUCGGGACCAGCAUUACAUCGUCAUGGUUGAUCCCGCAGUGUACUACAAGGAGUCGAACCCCGCACUCGACGAGGGUCUCCGAUACGACGCAUUCAUGAAGGAGGCUAAUGGCUCCCUUUACCAGGGUGUCGUCUGGGCUGGUCCAAGUUACUUCCCUGAAUGGUUCCACCCGAACUCUCAAGAGUACUGGACCGGGCAGUUCUUGGACUUCUUUGACGGAGUCAACGGUCCGGACAUUGAUGCCUUGUGGAUCGACAUGAACGAGCCCGCAAACUUCUACAACCGCCCGUAUCCAGGCAACAACACCACUCCAGAGAAAUUCGCCGAAGCAAACGACAACCCUCCCGAGCCGCCAGCGCUCAGAGAUGGCCCGGACGCUCCCAUCCCUGGCUUCCCGGCCAGUCUCCAGCCAAAUUUUGCCUCCGGUAACGCACCCGAGAAGCGCGCAGUUGAUCUCGUUACACGUCAGCCUCGCUCUCAACAAAAGCGUCAACUCGGUGCCGGCCGCUGGCGAUCCGCAAAACGCCACUGGCCUCGAGAUUUGAAGGCUGGCUGGCAACACGGUCGAAAGACCGGCUCUGGGUGCGGACCGGAUGAAUGCAAGGGUCUCCCCAACCGCGAACUCAUCAGGCCUCCGUACAUGAUCCAGAACGGCGCCGGGCCCACGCUUGCGGACAGUACUGCCGAUACCGACGUCGUGCAGUAUGGCGGGUACCUGCAGUACGACACGCACAACAUCUAUGGCGCGAUGAUGUCGUCGCACUCCCACAACGCUAUGCGCGCAAGGCGACCGGAUGACCGGGCUUUGGUCAUCACGCGGAGCACAUUUGCUGGAUCUGGAAAGGACGUGUCUCACUGGCUGGGAGAUAAUCUCUCCGAAUGGUACCAGUACCGGUUCUCGAUCUCGCAGAUCCUGCAGUUUGCCUCACUGUACCAGAUCCCUCUCGUGGGUCCUGAUGUCUGUGGCUUUGGCGGUAACGUCACGGAGACACUCUGCGCCAGAUGGGCAACCCUAGGCGCCUUCUACACCUUCUUCCGCAACCACGCGGAGAUCUUCGCCAACUACCAGGAAUUCUACCGCUGGCCCGUCGUAGCCGAAGCCGCCCGCAACAGCAUCUCCAUUAGAUACCAGCUGCGUAUGCCACAACUCCUCCCUCCACCAUAUAAAUGUCCACUAACAAGUCCUCCAGUCGACUACAUCUACACAGCCCUCUACAAGCAAAACCAAACCGGCACCCCAACCCUCAACCCGCUCUUCUUCAACUACCCGCACGACAAAAACACCUACGCCAUCGACCUCCAAUUCUUCUACGGCGAUGGCAUCCUCGUUUCCCCCGUCACCGAGGAAAACAGCACAAGCGUCAGUUACUACCUUCCCGACGACAUCUUCUACGAAUGGGGCACGGGCGCUCCCGUCCGCGGCGAAGGCGCAUACGUCUCGGCCGAAGUCGAGCUCACCGAUAUCACCAUCCACUACAAGGGAGGAAUCAUCUACCCGCAGCGCAUUGAAAGCGCGAAUACAACCACCGCCCUACGAACAAAGGGCUUCAACAUCGUCAUUGCGCCGGGUCUAGACGGGACUGCCGAGGGGUCUCUAUACCUCGACGACGGAAUCAGCGUUGUCCAAGACGCGGUGAGCGAGAUCGACUUCUCGUAUGAGGAUGGCGUGUUUAGCAUGGACGGCUCGUUCGCGUAUGAUGCCGGCGUUGGGAUCGAGCGGAUUACGGUCCUUGGGGUUGACGCUGAGCCCGCGUGGGGCGUGCUGGUGGAGGAGGUUGGGGAGGUGGAGUUCGAUGGCGUCAAUUCGAAGCUUGUGCUCAAUGUUGAUGUGCCCUUGACGGCGAGUUGGAGUCUUCGGAUUGCUUCGGAUUGA